GGCGGGGGCUGCGGCGGUCAAGUGAGUAACCAGAGGGUCUAGGAGGGGCCCCAGCGUCGUGGCAGCAGCCCUGCCUCUGUGGUUGCAUACCAGAGCCCAAACACAUGCCUGCAUCUCCAUUGUGUGCGUGGAGCAGAACGUUACACAGAGGCUGCGCAUCAGUGGCACAGCGGACUGCGUGGGGAACCGGACUCGAGCUUCUCGGAACGACACCAGGUGCCCACCUUGCUCUCGUCAACCCAACAUAAGAUGUCCCAUCGAAGUGGUCAAGAGGACCCAGAGCGGUACCUGUUUGUGGAUCGUGCUGUGGUUUACAACCCAGCCACACAGGCUGACUGGACAGCCAAGAAACUGGUUUGGGUUCCAUCAGAGCGCCAUGGUUUUGAGGGUGCCAGUAUCCGUGAGGAGCGCGGCGAGGAGGUGGUGGUGGAGUUGGCUGAAAAUGGUAAAAAGGUGGUCGUAAACAAGGAUGACAUCCAGAAGAUGAAUCCUCCCAAGUUCAGCAAGGUGGAGGACAUGGCUGAGCUCACCUGCCUGAAUGAGGCAUCUGUGCUGCACAAUUUGAAGGACCGCUAUUACUCCGGACUCAUAUAUACAUAUUCUGGCCUGUUCUGUGUGGUCAUCAACCCCUACAAAAACUUGCCAAUUUAUUCAGAGAACAUCAUUGAGAUGUACCGGGGGAAGAAGAGACACGAGAUGCCGCCUCACAUCUACGCCAUCUCGGAAUCGGCGUACCGCUGUAUGCUUCAAGAUCGUGAGGACCAAUCAAUCCUUUGCACAGGUGAAUCAGGCGCUGGAAAGACGGAGAAUACAAAGAAAGUGAUCCAGUACCUGGCCCAUGUUGCCUCCUCGCACAAAGGACGCAAAGACCACAACAUUCCACCAGAAUCUCCCAAAGCAUUCAAGCUACAGGGUGAGCUGGAACGCCAGCUCCUUCAGGCUAACCCAAUACUGGAAUCAUUUGGUAAUGCCAAGACAGUGAAAAAUGACAACUCCUCUCGCUUUGGCAAGUUCAUCCGAAUCAAUUUUGACGUUGCGGGCUACAUUGUUGGGGCCAAUAUUGAAACCUACCUUCUGGAGAAGUCACGGGCAAUCAGACAGGCCAAAGAUGAGAGAACUUUCCACAUUUUCUACCGCUUGCUGGCAGGAGCCGGAGAGCAUCUCAAAACGGACCUGCUCCUCGAGGGUUUUAACAACUACAGAUUCCUGUCAAAUGGUAACAUUCCUAUUCCUGGCCAGCAGGACAAAGAAAAUUUCCAGGAGACUCUAGAGGCCAUGCAUAUCAUGAGUUUCUCCCACGAUGAGAUUGUUUGCAUGUUGAAGGUCGUCUCAGCAGUGUUGCAAUUUGGCAAUAUUGUUUUCAAGAAAGAGAGAAAUACUGAUCAAGCCUCCAUGCCAGAAAAUACAGCGGCACAGAAGCUUUGCCAUCUGCUUGGAAUGAACGUUAUGGAGUUCACAAGAGCUAUCCUCACUCCGAGAAUAAAAGUAGGACGAGACUAUGUACAGAAAGCGCAAACCAAGGAGCAAGCUGACUUUGCUGUAGAAGCUCUGGCAAAAGCUACAUAUGAACGACUGUUUCGUUGGUUGGUCCAUCGCAUCAACAAGGCCCUUGACAGGACUAAACGCCAGGGUGCAUCUUUCAUCGGCAUUCUGGAUAUCGCUGGGUUUGAGAUUUUUGAGCUGAACUCAUUUGAGCAGUUGUGCAUCAACUAUACCAACGAGAAGCUGCAGCAGCUGUUCAACCACACCAUGUUCAUCCUAGAGCAAGAAGAGUACCAAAGGGAAGGCAUAGAGUGGAGCUUCAUCGACUUCGGCCUUGAUCUGCAGCCUUGUAUCGAACUCAUCGAGAGGCCGAAUAACCCACCUGGUAUUCUGGCUUUGUUGGAUGAAGAGUGCUGGUUUCCCAAAGCUACAGACAAGACAUUUGUGGACAAAGUUCUUCAGGAGCAAGGCACUCACACUAAGUUCCAAAAACCACGGCAACUCAAGGACAAAGCUGACUUUUGCAUCAUCCACUACGCAGGGAGGGUGGACUAUAAAGCUGAUGAAUGGCUUAUGAAGAACAUGGAUCCACUGAAUGACAACGUGGCCACGCUGCUGCAUCAGUCCACUGACAAGUUUGUGGCUGAACUUUGGAAAGAUGUGGACCGAAUCGUGGGCCUUGAUCAAGUUGCUGGCAUGAAUGAGACUGCAUUCGGCGCCGCAUACAAGACUAAGAAGGGCAUGUUCCGCACCGUGGGCCAACUGUACAAGGAGCAGCUGUCUAAACUGAUGGCCACAUUGAGGAACACUAAUCCUAAUUUCGUCCGCUGCAUCAUCCCUAACCAUGAGAAACGGGCUGGUAAACUAGAUCCUCACCUUGUUCUGGACCAGUUAAGAUGUAACGGUGUCCUGGAAGGGAUCCGUAUCUGCAGACAAGGUUUCCCCAACCGCAUUGUCUUCCAAGAGUUCAGACAGAGAUAUGAGAUUCUCACUCCUAAUGCAAUUCCCAAAGGCUUUAUGGACGGCAAGCAGGCCUGCGAGAGAAUGAUCAAAUCCCUGGAGCUUGACAACAACUUGUUUCGAAUCGGCCAGAGUAAAAUCUUCUUUAGAGCAGGCGUCUUGGCGCAUUUGGAGGAAGAAAGGGACCUGAAGAUCACAGACAUAAUUAUUUACUUCCAGGCCACUUGUCGGGGAUAUCUGGCACGCAAAGCCUUUGCCAAGAAACAACAGCAGCUCAGUGCACUGAAGGUUCUCCAAAGAAACUGUGCCGCAUACCUGAAACUGCGUCACUGGCAGUGGUGGAGACUCUUCACUAAGGUGAAGCCCUUGCUGCAGGUGACCAGACAAGAGGAAGAAAUGCAGGCUAAAGAUGAGGAGCUAGUCAAGGUGAAGGAGAAGCAAACAAAAGUGGAGGGACAGCUGGUGGAGAUGGAACGAAAACACCAGCAGCUAAUGGAGGAGAAAGGCAUCCUAGCAGAGCAGCUGCAGGCAGAGACUGAGCUGUUUGCAGAGGCUGAGGAGAUGAGAGCUCGCCUGGCUACCAAGAAACAAGAGUUGGAGGAGAUCCUUCAUGACCUGGAGUCCAGACUGGAAGAGGAAGAGGAGAGGGCUCAGGGCAUGGUCAAUGAGAAGAAGAAGAUGCAAUCCCAUAUUCAGGACCUGGAGGAACAGCUGGAUGAGGAGGAAGCUGCUAGGCAAAAGCUGCAGCUUGAGAAAGUAACAGCUGAGGCCAAAAUGAAGAAAUAUGAAGAGGAUAUUUUACUGCUAGAAGACCAAAACACCAAGUUUGUCAAGGAAAAAAAGUCGCUGGAAGAUCGAAUAAAUGAGAUGACCAUUUUCCUUGCUGAGGAGGAAGAGAAGGCUAAAAACCUGGGAAAGGUCAAGAACAAGCAAGAGAUCAUGAUGGUCGACUUGGACGAGAGGCUUAAGAAGGAGGAAAAGACCCGUCAGGAGCUGGAGAAGGCCAAGAGGAAGCUGGAAGGGGAAACAUCUGACUAUCAGGACCAAUUAGCUGAGCUCCAGGCCCAGAUAGAGGAGUUUAAAACUCAGAUUGUCAAGAAAGAGGACGAGCAACUGUUACUUCAAACGAGGGGUGAAGAUGAGGUCAACCAAAAGAACAAUGCUCUGAAGCAAGUGCGAGAGCUUCAAGCCCAGCUGGCUGAGUUGCAGGAGGACAUGGAGUUGGAAAAACAGGCCAGGAACAAGGCUGAGAAGCUCAAGAGAGAUUUGAGUGAAGAACUGGAGGCCCUAAAGACAGAACUGGAGGACACCCUGGAUACAACCGCUGCCCAGCAGGAGCUGAGAACCAAGCGAGAGCAAGAAGUUGCAGAACUGAAGAAGGCAAUCGAUGAGGAGACAAAAAACCACGAGGCUCAAAUACAGGAUAUGCGACAGAGACAUAGCAUUGCUUUAGAAGAGCUCUCAGAGCAGCUCGAACAGGCGAAGAGGUUCAAAGCUAACUUGGAGAAGACCAAACAGACCCAGGAGAGUGCAAACAAGGAAAUGGCCAAUGAGAUCAAAAGCCUUCAACAGGCAAAGACUGAGUCCGAACACAAGAGGAAGAAACUGGAGUCUCAGCUACAGGAGGUGAUGGCCAGAAACACUGAGGGCGAGCGGUCCAAGGGCGAGUUGGCUGAACGUGUGCACAAACUGCAGACUGAACUCGACAAUGUGUCGGCCAUGCUGGAAGAUGCAGAAAGAAAAGGCAUCAAGAUGACAAAAGAGGUUUCUGGAUUAGAAAGUCAGCUCCAAGACUCACAGGAGCUCCUCCAGGAAGAGACUCGUCAGAAACUGAACCUCAGUAGCCGCUUGCGGCAGUUAGAGGAGGAAAAGAACGCUCUCCAGGAGCAACAAGAGGAAGAUGAAGUGGCCCGCAAAAAUGUGGAGAAACAGUUGUUAACCUUACAGGCUCAGCUGUUGGAGAGCAAGAAGAAGGUGGAGGAUGAUGUGGGGACAAUCGACGGCCUGGAAGAGGCAAAGAAGAAACUACAAAAGGACCUGGAGAUUUCAGGCCAGCGUCUGGAGGAAAAGACCAUCGCUUUUGAGAAAAUGGAGAAGACAAAGACCCGUCUGCAGCAGGAGCUGGAUGACCUAACUGUUGACUUGGAUCAUCAGAGGCAGAGUGUGUCCAACCUUGAGAAGAAACAGAAGAAGUUUGACCAAAUGUUGGCCGAGGAGAAGAGCAUUUCUGCCCGCUACGCUGAAGAGCGUGACCGGGCGGAAGCUGAGGCCAGGGAGAAAGAGACUAAAGCUCUGUCCAUGACCAGAGCUCUGGAUGAAGCUCUGGAGGCCAAAGAGGAGCUGGAGAGGGUCAACAAGCAACUCCGUGGUGAAAUGGAAGAUCUCAUGAAUUCGAAGGAUGACGUGGGCAAGAAUGUUCACGAGCUGGAGAAAUCCAAGCGUACUCUAGAGCAGCAGCUGGAGGAGAUGAAGACUCAACUUGAGGAGCUGGAGGAUGAGCUGCAGGCCACCGAGGAUGCUAAGUUGCGGCUAGAAGUCAACAUGCAGGCCAUGAAGGCUCAAUAUGAGCGAGAUCUUCAGGGCCGUGACGACCAGAACGAUGAAAAAAAGAGAGCCCUCAUCAAGCAGGUCCGAGAGAUGGAGGCAGAACUGGAGGACGAGAGGAAGCAGAAAGGCUUGGCCAUUGCCGCUAAGAAGAAGCUGGAAAUGGAUUUGAAGGACGUGGAGGGUCAGAUAGAAGGUGCCAGCAAAGGCCGAGAUGAAGCCAUCAAACAACUUCGCAAGUUACAGGCCCAAAUGAAGGACUAUCAGAGGGAACUGGAAGAUGCCAGGGCAUCCAGAGAUGAUAUUUUUGCCUUAUCUAAGGAAAAUGAGAAGAAACUCAAGAGUCUAGAGGCUGAAAUUGUGCAACUGCAUGAGGACCUGGCAGCAUCAGAGAGAGGACGACGUCACGCUGAGCAAGAAAGAGAUGAGUUGCAAGAUGAAAUCUCCAACAGCACAUCUGGGAAAACCGCUCUGAUGGAAGAAAAGAGAAGGCUGGAAGCUCGUAUCGCUCAGCUUGAGGAAGAGCUAGAAGAAGAGCAAGGCAACAUGGAGCUACUUAACGACCGCUUCAGAAAGACCACUAUGCAGGUGGACACGCUGACCACAGAGCUGAGCGCAGAACGGAGCGUGUCACAAAAGAGUGAAAAUGCCCGGCAGCAGCUGGAACGUCAAAAUAAGGAGCUGCGAGCCAAGCUGGGCGAGCUGGAAGGUUCUGUAAAGAGUCGCUUCAAGGCCUCCAUUACAGCGCUGGAGGCCAAGAUAGCACAACUGGAGGAACAGCUAGAGCAGGAAGCCAAGGAGCGGGCAGCUGCUAACAAGUUAGUUAGGAGGACGGAGAAGAAGCUGAAAGAGAUAUGCAUGCAGGUGGAGGACGAACGACGCCAUGCCGACCAGUUUAAAGAACAAUUGGAAAAAGCAAACUCGCGUAUGAAGCAACUGAAGCGUCAGCUGGAGGAGGCCGAAGAGGAGGCCACAAGGGCCAAUGCGUCACGCAGAAAGCUGCAGCGAGAACUGGAUGACGCCACCGAGGCCAGCGAGGGUCUCAGCCGGGAAGUCCACACGCUCAAAAACCGCCUUCGGCGCGGCGGCCCCAUCAGUUUCUCCUCCAGUCGCUCAGGCAGACGUCAGUUGCCAGUAGAGGGCUCAUCCUUGGACCUCCUGUCUGAUGACGAGCUGGAAAAUAAGGUGACUGACAACAACGCCAAUGAGACACCCACUCCCCAGCCGGAAUAGACGGCAACAAGCCUUCAAUUUUCACUUGCAGCUUCAUUAAGGAACUCUUUUAGCUUCUUCAGUAUGAACACCUUUUCAUCUCACAUGCUAAGAUUAGCAUGUUGCGUUAAGACGCCAGCGGCAGGAAUCCCCCUAUUCUGUCUUGCUUCAUUGGUUCUCUAGUACUUCUUCAAGUAGACACUACAGUCAUUGCAUCCCUAAAUCCCAGAGCGUACAUUUGCAAUGUACAAUGCAAUAUGACAGAUAUUUUACAUGAAUAAUGUUUUUACCUGGAUGCUUUGCUUGUGUAUGAAGGUAGAAAUUGAACAGUCCGUCUCCAACUUAUUGCAAUUAUCUCGCGUUCAUCUUCUGUGCCUUGUUCUGCUCCCUACAAAUACAUUUAUGCCACGUGAAUUGUUCAUAUAUUCAUCAUUUUGUGAAGAUGUAUUUUAAUAAAACAUCCAUGUGAUAUUUUAGAGAAACCCGGUGUGUGACUGAUUUCAUAAUUGUUCUUGG